AUGCCUCAGGCAACCUUCACUCCAUCUGGUCAAAAGAUUGAGUCAUUUAGGCUAUUGAGUGGUCACGCCAUCCCUGCUGUUGGUUUGGGCACUUGGAAGUCUGGUUCUAAAGCCAAAGAUUCUGUCUUCACUGCCAUCGUUGAGGCUGGUCACAGGCACAUAGAUACGGUGAUGGAGUAUGAAGUCGAAGAAGAAGUCGGACACGGACUCAAGGCAGCCAUACAUGCAGGGAUUGAGAGGCAGCAUCUCUUUGUCACGUCCAAGCUGUGGUGCACUGAUUUGUCUCCGGAUAGGGUUCGCAAAGCUCUGAACAGUACCCUAAACGAACUGCAACUUGACUAUCUUUAUCUUUAUCUGAUCCAUUGGCCUAUCCAUCUGAAAGAUGGAGUCAGCUUACCUCCCAAGGCAGCGCACGUGUUGGACUUUGACAUGGAAGGGGUUUGGCGAGAAAUGGAGAAGCUUGUCAAGGAUAAUCUUGUUAGAGAUAUUGGUGUAUGCAAUUUUACUAUUAAGAAGCUCAACAAGCUUCUGGGCUUUGCUCAGACAGUGCCCUCCGUGUGUCAGAUGGAGAUGCAUCCAGGAUGGAGGAAUGAUAAAAUGCUGGAGGCUUGUAAGAAGAAUAGCAUCCAUGCAUAUUCGCCUUUGGGAUCAUCAGAAGGAGGCAGAGAUCUCAUACAUGACAGAACAGUUGACAGAAUUGCAAAAAAGCUAAAGAAGACCCCAGCACAGAAGCUAGUGAAGUGGGCGCUCCAAAGAGGAACCAGUGUCAAACCCAAAUCAAGCCACCCUGAAAGGAUCAAAGAACACAUUCAGGUCUUUGGCUGGGAAAUCCCAGAGGAAGAUUUCCAGGCUCUCUGCAGUAUUCCAGAUCAGAGACGAGUGCUGGAUGGGGAGGAUCUGUUUGUGAACAAGAGUAAAGGUCCAUUCGGAAGCGUAGCUGAUCUUUGGGACCAUGAGGACUAAUUGUUCUUUGAGAUUUCUGUAUAUGUUGAAUUCCACUUAGAGAUAAUAAAAUAAAAAAAGAAAAAAAAAUCGGAUGCUCA